GGGGAGUCGCGGUGGCCAAGCUCGGGCAUUAGGAGAAGUGAGAUGACUUCGCUUUCUUUCCCCUUCCCUCCCUCCCUCCCUGGCUCUCUCAGCGGCAGCAACACACACACACACGCACGCACACACACACACGCACGCUCACACACACGCACGCUCACACACACACACCGCGGUGUCAAAGCCCACGUGCUUCCAGCCCGAGGAAGAGCGAACGAGCCAGCGAGAGGCCGGGCAGCUAGACGCACGCCCGGAGCCGGUGGAGGAGGUGGAGGAGGCGGUGAUGAUGGUGGCGGCUGCGGGGGGGUCCCCGGUUCGCCGAAGAGAAAGCGCCGGGCCCAAGGCACUGGAGGCUCCCGGGCCCAGCCCUCCCGGGGCGGCGGCGGCAGCGACGGCGACUGCCCGGUGACAGUGGCCAGAGGUGCCCGGCGCGGGACCCGCGGCUUCUUACGGCUGCAGCGACUCCUGAGCCGAGCGAGCCCCCUACGCAUCCCCGCGGAGGAGGAGGAGAGUCUCUUUGCUGCGGCAGAUGUGUGUGGGGUCACCACACAGCUGGGACUAUGGUGAAAUUUCCAGCGCUCACUCACUACUGGCCCCUUAUCCGGUUCCUGGUACCUCUGGGCAUCACCAAUAUAGCCAUCGACUUCGGGGAACAGGCCUUGAAUCGAGGUAUUGCUGCAGUAAAGGAGGAUGCAGUCGAAAUGCUGGCCAGUUAUGGACUGGCCUAUUCCCUGAUGAAGUUCUUCACAGGCCCCAUGAGUGACUUUAAGAAUGUGGGUCUGGUAUUUGUGAACAGCAAACGAGACAGGACCAAAGCUGUUCUGUGCAUGGUGGUGGCAGGUGCCAUAGCUGCUGUUUUUCACACUUUGAUAGCUUACAGUGACUUAGGCUACUACAUAAUUAAUAAACUGCACCAUGUGGAUGAAUCAGUGGGAAAUAAAACUCGAAGAGCUUUCCUUUAUCUUGCUGCCUUCCCUUUUAUGGAUGCCAUGGCAUGGACCCAUGCUGGCAUUCUCUUGAAACACAAAUACAGUUUUCUGGUGGGAUGUGCCUCAAUUUCAGAUGUCAUAGCUCAGGUUGUUUUUGUAGCCAUUUUGCUUCAUAGUCACCUGGAAUGCAGAGAACCUCUUCUCAUUCCAAUCCUUUCUUUGUACAUGGGAGCACUUGUCCGCUGUACCACCCUGUGCCUAGGGUACUACAGGAACAUUCAUGACAUCAUCCCAGAUAGCAGUGGACCUGAAGUAGGGGGAGAUGCUACAAUAAGAAAGAUGCUGAGCUUCUGGUGGCCUUUGGCUUUAAUUCUGGCAACUCAGCGAAUCAGCAGGCCCAUAGUCAACCUUUUUGUCUCACGUGACCUUGGUGGCAGUUCUGCAGCCACUGAGGCAGUGGCAAUUCUGACAGCUACAUACCCUGUGGGUCACAUGCCAUAUGGCUGGCUGACUGAAAUUCGAGCCGUCUAUCCUGCUUUUGACAAGAAUAAUCCCAGCAAUAAAGUGGUGAGCACGAGCAACACAGUGACGGCUGCACAUAUAAAGAAAUUCACCUUUGUCUGCAUGGCAUUGUCCUUGACGCUCUGUUUUGUGAUGUUUUGGACACCCAACGUUUCAGAGAAGAUUUUGAUUGACAUCAUUGGAGUGGACUUUGCCUUUGCGGAACUCUGUGUUAUUCCUUUGCGCAUUUUCUCCUUUUUCCCAGUUCCAGUCACGGUGAGAGCCCACUUGACCGGGUGGCUGAUGACGCUGAAGAAGACGUUCGUAUUGGCCCCCAGCUCUGUGCUGCGCAUCAUCGUCCUCAUCACUAGUCUUGUGGUCCUGCCUUACAUGGGGGUUCACGGGGCUACCCUAGGAGUCGGCUCCCUCCUAGCUGGUUUUGUGGGAGAGUCUACCAUGGUUGCAAUAGCAGCCUGCUAUGUCUACAGAAAGCAGAAAAAGAAGACUGAAAAUGAGUCAGCCACAGAAGGUGAAGACUCCGCCAUGACUGACAUGCCUCCAACAGAGGAAAUUACAGACAUCGUAGAAAUGAGAGAAGAGAAUGAAUAAAGACAUGGGGUGAUGUGACUUAUCACCACACCAUAGAGACAGUCGGAAUAACACUUCAGCAUCUUUUCUUCUUCUUGGGUUUUUUUUUGUUUGUUUGUGUGUGUAUUUUUUUUUUUAAUGAACGAGGCCUUGAUUUAAAAGGUUUCAGAUAAAUUCUCUAGCAUACUGGGUAUGCUCACAUUGAUGUGGGACCUAAAGAGAGGUCUUUUCUUUUUCUCUUUUUUUUUCUUAAUGGAAUUAGUUUUUCCACACCAUAAAAAAAAAAACAAACUAAAAGGCACGGCUGCAUCAUGGCAGAAGUUGUCUCCAUUGUUGAAGCCUUCAUUUCCAUUGGACAAUCUGCAUUUGUCAACCAAAGUACUGCUGUGUCUCUCUAUGUAUUGACUGGGUGGCCGUACUGUGUCCUGCGGCCACAAACUCAACUCCGUUGUGUUGUUUGUUUGUUUUUUCUUCUUCCUCUUUUUUAGGAUCACAAGUUGAAAAUACAGUAUCUCAAAGUCUCGUUUUCUUUUACUCGCUUGACAAUAACUCAGCUGUACAAACAGAUAUAACCCUUGUGGCCUAAUAUAUUUCUCUUGCCCAUGGAGUUAUAAACUGUCUACUAUUUAAAUACAGAGGGUCAAGAGGCUAAAUUCAGGAAGAGUCAAGUCUAUUCAAAGGAAGAAUUGUGAAUGGGCUUCAUUGAAAUAUGGAAAUCAUUUUUAUGGUCUGAGACAUCAUUUGGGUAGCAAAAGGGAAUCAUCAUUCAAUGAUUGUUUUUCAUUUUACAUAGGAGGAUUCGAGGAGGGUUGCGUUUUGUUCUCUCUUUAAUAUCCUGGGAAUAUGCAUCCGUGUUGUUUAGUCAUCUCAUAUCACCACAUCUCAAGGUUUUUGCAUGCCCUUCCCUGCCCUUCAUUCUUCUGUCCUGAAGGUGGCACUACAGGGAGACGAAUGGAGCGUUCUAACUUCUUUCAGUUUUGGUUUCUUCAAGAGAACAGAAAGCUUUAUCCAAGUCCUAAUCUAGCAAUCUUGUGCUGGAUCGGUGUAGUAAUAACUUUUUAGAUAUAGUUUAUUGUAUCAUUCUGCCAUUCUUAUACCUUUGUGGUACAUACUACUCAUGGAAUACACUAGGAUAUAGCCCUUUCAUGCCAUACGAUAAAAAGAAGACACUUUAUAAAAUUACUAAAAAUCACUAUGUGAUCUUCCCUGAAAUUAGGCAUUUGGAAUCAAUUUAGUAAAGUAUAUUUUUCUAAGUUUUAAAGAUUUUUUUUUCUUUUUUGAAUUUUGGACAUAUUUAGUUUGCUAAAUUCUUGGCUUAGUCAAACACUUGAAAACUGACAAAACCGAAAUAAAAUAUUAUUUUAAACAUAUAUAUACAUAUAUAUAUAUAUACUGUAUAGGUUAUGUAAUUUAUUUUAGGCUACAAUACAUUUCCUAUUUUUGCAUUUUCAACAAGAUGUCUUUAAUACAAUAUGUUGGUUGCCCGUGUGCAAACCUAAUUAGUUAAAACAUAUUGUAUGAGUGAACAUUGUAUCUUAGUUGCAGUAGUUGUACUUGGUCUACUGAAAUUUAUUUCAAUUUACUGCAUUGGAAGAAGUAAUGGACCAACGCGAUAAGUUGAAAUAAAUUUCAGGAGAGAUAUUUUUCAGUGUGGGUGAAUUGGGAUCGAAUUGGUCAGCCUAAGCAGAAAACAUUGGGAACAAAAUGGUAACAAUACUAGAUGGGCAAGGAAUAAAAAGCCCUCUGGAUUUUUGGUUUGGUUUUGUUUUCGAUGUUGUACUCAGAUUAUUCCUCAUAAUAAAUUAACCAAACUGAAUAAAGUCAACCUUGUACAGGAAGAGUGUUGACAUUUAAAUUUCUGGAUACACAAUAAAUAUCCCUUUGGCAUGCCUACAAUGUAUAGAGGCCAGUGUACUUUCUAGAGGCCUGACCUGUUGUCAUUUUUCCUUUUCCCCCAUAUUAAGAAUGAAGAUGUACAGCUAUACAGCAACAGUAAGGGUGAGAUUAAGGAGUAGAUGACAGGAGAGGGAGGUGAGUGGGGACAGAGACCUUCUGUUUUGGUCGUAGGUAAACGGCUAAAAGCUUAAGUAGGAAUAUGUUUUAUUAUUUGUGUUUGGAGCUUGUAAAAUUGGAGAUAGACCGGUUUGGGGUUUUUUGUUGUUUUGUUUUGUUUUUUUCCAACAAAGUAAAUUCGUCCCUGAAAACCAAAUCUUGAAAGUUUCAUUAUCUUCAGUUGUGCAGCUUGCAUUUUUGUUAAAGCCAACCCUCAGCGCCCCCUGCUUGAAAUGUACCGUUAUUUUUAAAGCAACAACUGAUCCAAAACAGCAAUGGCUAUAAAUGAAGACUGGAAGAAAUGUUUCCAGCGCUUUCUAGGAACCCAUUUCUCUUCUGGUCUUUCCCGUGGGAUGGAUGCAUCUUAAGACAAAGGAAUGAAUUUAAUACACAGACAUGAGUUCAAAGUUGAAGUUUAUAAUAGUUCUUUCCUUCUAUUGUAAACAAAGACUUCACAGAAAGAAAAGAGAAUGUGAAAAAGUGAAGGAUGGGAUAGAAUAGGACUAGGGAUAGGCAGAGUAGACAACCGCCAGGAACACUUUAAUCUUUUUGAUAAAAUGCCCAUUUUAUUUCAGAAAAUGUUGCUCUCCACCAAAUAUAGGUAUUCAUCUUGUGAUAAAUCAAGCCAUAUGUCCUACCCCUCCCCACCACCACCACCCCAAAGAAAAAAAGAAUAAUAAUGCUCUUAAGUCUGGCGGAGAAGUAACCUGUGUUGAUUUUCAGUUCUAGUUUAGGGCACCAAUGCCUUACCUCAUUUCUAGGUGCAUCCUGUUAUACAGUCUUCCUCCCAAAUUGUUGAAACCGUUGACGCCAAUCCUUUGGCUCUGCUUCCCCCAGAAAUGCUGUCACCAAGAGUAGCUACUGUGAAAGUCAAAUGCCAAAGAGAUAGAGGGAAUAGAUCAUCCCACUAGUGAAAUAAAAUCAAGAAUCAUGAAGAUGAUACGGUUGGCUAACUCUCUUCCUAUUGACUCAUUUAUUGUAGGCUCAUUUCAAUAUUAAAAAAAAACAACUGAAGGACAUUUUCAUUUGAAAUCUUAAACAUAGCAUUAUCUGGACAGAUGAUUAUCCUGAGAUGGAGAAGCUUCCUAUUUUAUAUUUCUUUUCUGUCUGCUGGAGGAGGAAAUUAUUUUCAAUUAAAUUGCCUUCAGUCUUUUUUAUUAAACUGAUAUAAGGAAAUAACUUUCCUUAAAGGAGGAACUUGGGUCUCCUGGCACACACAUCUUGUUAUAGAACAGAAAAGGACCUCUAUUAAGGUGUGGACAUGCCAGCCAAAUAUCUCAGGGACUGUUGAGAAAUUUGUUUAUGAGCAGUAAACCCAUGGCUCCUUACCGGUUUAUAAAACUGGGGAUACAAAGUCACUUCUUUGCUUUUCUGCAGGUCAUUCACCCAGAAUUCCUCCUCAUUGGGGGUGGGGGGGCUGGAAUCUGAGAUCAGAGAAUGCACAGAUAUAACAAAAUAAGAUAAAUUAUUUAAUUGUUUUGGUUUAGUCCAACACCUCACUAUUAUGCUAUGCAUUGAAAUAUUAUAGACUAGUAGUUUCUUAGGAGAGAGGUAGCUGGGCACCAAGGCCAGAGGGCCAGCAAUGGAGGCAGGAAAACCUGUGUCUGAUAUGUGCUUGGAUGGAUAUCCUUGGACUAUGAGUCGCUUCACAGGGCCCACGUGCAAAUCAAAGACAAUGUUAUGAAUGAGCUGCUAAUCUGCAUUAGGGGAAAGUUUCCAUACUAGGAGUUUCCCAAAUGGAUGAAGUCACAUAUCUGGACCAAAAAACAAAACAAAAAAACCCAAUUCUCAUGUACACGUUCACACCAGAUCUUCAAGUGGUAGUUUAGGGAUCAUCCUCAAUUGAUGAGGAAGCUGAGUUCUGGCAGAGUUAACUGUCUUGUCUAAAGUCAUAUAAGUUAGUGGUGAAGAUGGGAUCCGGACCUAGACCUGGUAGGCGGUUUUGUUUUAUUUUUUCACUCAAUAGCUGAGUACCACUGAGGUCUUUGGCUAUAAAUUUCUGUAUUUGUUAUUUUUAUUUUUUUUUAUAAAUUUCUGCAUUUAAAACAAGCCACAUCUGGCUUUGCACAGGCCCUCUGGCUCCCACAUUGGUUUCUGCAGUAGUUAGCCUAGAAACAGCAAUCAGAGAGGCAAUAUCUAAACACACACUAAUGUACAGAAGGACGGACAUUAAAUUCCUGUACUACUGGGGAAGGAAAUCGCUUGGUAAACUUUUUUGCUUUUUAUUUCUUCUUUUCCCUGAACUGAAGACCUCUCUGAAUUUCUAAUUUAGUAGACUUUUCUGCUGAGGGAAAGGUAGAACUUGCCUGUCCAUUGAUUGUCUGGAAAUAGGAUUUUAAAAAUCAAAAUAACUCUCUGGAUUAGUCUUUUUUUUCCUUACCAUUAAACUAAAAUAAUGGGAUGAGAAUAUAUUUUUUAAAAAAGCCACAAAAGGGCAAACUAUAUAUAACUGUAAUUAUAGAUAUUCAUUUUAGAAGUAUUUGUAUUCUAUUUUAAAGCUUUUCCAUUUUAAUGAAUUUUAAGCCAAUACCUGGGUUAAACUUUAUUGAUUAGUCGUAGGGGCUAGCCAUGGGAUCUAGGCUUUUCCCCUGGGGAAGGGGAGGGGGUGGGUCUCUUAGCUUGGAGUGGGAUGCAGCUUAUCCUAGAAUCAUGGAUUUCUAUAAAGCCAGAAGAGGAAAUGGGUCUUGCCACUGCGUGGCUUCAAAGGCUUGUGUGUAUGUGUCUCUGUGUGUCUACGGAUGUAUGUGCAUGUGUGUUUAAACACAAUGGGACACCUUUCCUGGCUUUAAAAGGCAUAGUGACUCAGAGAGGUCCGGCAAUACCUGCAAUGCACUUUCAGCUAGCUUCCUAAAAAUGGAAAAAGAAGAUGGCGGCUCCAUUCUGAAGUCAGUCACUGCUUCCCCAUUGCCCUCUUUCACAAAUACACAAACACUCACACACAAGCUUUCAUAUUAGAAGCAUUUGGCCCUGUGCCCUCCCUAUGGAAGGUAUGCUUCUUGUAACCGUUGUUAGUGAGGCUUUUCUCUGCAAGGUUAUUGUGAAUUCCUAUGUCUGUCAUUUGAAGCAGCAAAAACAUCAUGUGACUGAUCACGUGAUCUAACCACUUCAAACAUAGGAUGUAUAGUGAAUCUGGAGAAAAUAUUUCUUUGAAAAUAGGGUCAUUCCCUGUCCUCUUUUUCUUCCAAGUGGGAAGCAAAACAAAGGUUGAAAAAUUCUCAGAAGCAUCCAAAAUGAAAUAAAAUGUUAAUGACAUGUUGUAAUAUUAGUCCAUUAAAAGAGCAAGAGUAUAAAAAAAAUUAAAGUUAUGCAUCUGGAUCUCAAAGGAGAAAGAGGGAAUGAUCUAACCUUAUUUUUCAGUGAAGUUCACUUUUCUUCUCUUAGGGAAGUCCAGGCAAGGUUGGGCCUGUUUUGCUGCUAUCUGUAAGAACUACACACCAAAGGAAGAACUCCUCAAUCAGUUUUUUUAGAUAAAUAAAUAAAUAGACCUCUUGUUUCCUGAGGCCCAGUGGUUCUGGGGGAACUAUAUAGCCAGUAAUUUCAAUAAUAAUUUUCUUUUUCUAUUUUUUCCUUCCUCAUUUACAGUCGGCCGGGGUCUUCAGAAGACUACAGAUAUGCAUUUUUCUAAAAUGCUUUUAACACUAAGUAAAGUCAGCAAAUUUGUUUUCACAUGAUCCUUGUCGUAGCUUAGGUGAUGUAGUUCCAAGUGCACUUUGCUAAAAUGAGACUUGACCUCAGCCAGUGGCAGUAUGUGUAUAUCAAGGAAAACUAGAAAGACAGUCUCCUGUUUGAAUAAGAAGCGGCUUCUUAAUUUUUUUCUUCCUUAAGGGAACAAACCAGCCAAAAGCGAAUCCCCUGGUCAUCCUUGCUCUUCACGAAAAAUUAUUUGGAAAGAAAUGUGUUGUUGUUUUUUUUCUCCCCCUCCAAAAAUUUUGAGAGAGGCCCCCUCCUUUUGGUCAUGGGGGCUGGGAAUGGUGUGUUGGGGAACAGAAAAAACACUUCUAGCAGAGGGUCAAAAUUCUUAGAGCCUAAAGAGUUAAGGAACCCAGGAUUUCAUCUGAAGGAUCGCCAAAUGUGGUAUGAGCUGGUGACUGAAAGCAAUGGGGGAAUUUCAGUGCUAUUACAGAUGUCAUUACCUGAACAUCUUACCGUUGUGUGACCUUCACGAAAGGGUCAUUACACAAAGCAAAUUCUAUACUGCUCAACAUCGUGAGGCUCUACAUAAAUGUUACUUGGUUGGGGGCGGUAUUAUUUUUUAAACACAAAAGAGAGAUAGCAAACUCACUACUGGUAAAUAUAUUGUUGUGGGGUUCUAUGUAAAUAUCAUUUGGUUUUUGUAACAUCUAAUUAAACAAUAUUAAUGUUUAAAACUAGAAAAAAAUGGAGAUUUGGAUACAAAAAAGUUAGGAUGGAAAAAAUCCAUGCAAAUAGGUUAUUCUGUAGAUUUGAGUGUCAGUUCUUCCGAUUAACGAGCUAAAUUAUUUUUAAGAAAAAUUUCCAAAGACUCAAGGACCCGUAUCUAGAGGGUUUGAGUCCCCAUAGAAUUUGGAGGAUGACACAAAGAUAUCAAAAUUGGGGAGCGAGGAGAGAAGCGGAGGAAGAGAUUGGGUAAUGGGAAUUUUUACCUCAUUCAUCAUUUCACAUCUGACAUUACAAAGAGAACCAGUUGUGUUGUGUGUUUAAAAAAAAAAAUUAAAGGUACGUUGGGAGUCAUUAUAUACGUGUGCUUUAGCUGUCAGUUUUUACAAUUUUGUUGCACAUCAAAACUGGAUUUAAUAUAAACCAUUGAAAUCACUCACAUUAAAAAUAUUUGUGCAGCCUUUGAUUUGUAAAAAUGACUGCAGAGGUCAGUAUAAAGUAUAUAUUGCAUUAAAAUGAGUGCUGUUUAUGUAUUUAAUAUAGAGAGAUGUAAGUUUUUGCAUUGUUAAGAAAUUUAUGCUUUCCCCCCCCUUUUUUGGGAUUUGUGCUCAGAUAUUGUCAAGUAGCUUUCAUAAUCUAAUUUACUUUAAGUAAAGCUCAACAAGUUUGCAUAUGA